AUGAAAGCGUCUGUCAAUGUUGAUAGCAAAAAAUGAAUAAAAAUUGACAAUUUUCGAUUUUUCAAUGUACAGAUAAUAUUGUGUUCACAUUAAAUGAACGUAACUACACUGCACAAUAUCUCUCUAUAGUGUAAACCAAAAAAAAUAGAAUGACAAGGAAAGAAUUUGUCAAAUUAUGCACGAAUUUGUUGUCCUCUGUGUCAGUGAGAAGGACACUGUCAAAUCAUCCAGUAAAUUGUUGCCUGUGUUUUUCUAACAGGCGCUCCAGUACUUUUCAAACAACUUUAAGGUAUGUCAGCACUAGGAAACAAACUGCAAACACAACAUUGUUCCAACAUUCAAGGCCUUGUAUUCCAUCCUUAACAAAUUUUAACAACCAUAAAAAUGAUUUCUGUGGUAAUUUUCGUGUCAAAAAUCUUUAUUCAGUGUCUACCAAUGCAUCUGACAUUUCCCGAAAUGAUUGCAUGGAGUUCAGUGAUCCAGAUACCAAAAAGAUAAUAUCGAGGGACAUGCAAGUUAUCUAUGAUUUUGUUUCGGAAGAGGAGGAAGAAGAUCUCUUCAAUGAAGUAGAACCUUAUUUAAGAAGAUUAAGAUAUGAAAGUAGCCACUGGGAUGAUGCAAUCCAUGGUUACAGAGAAACAGAAAGGAAGUCCUGGUCAGAGAAGAACAAAAGCAUUAUUCAACGUGUGAGAGAUGCAGCCUUUCCUCCAGGGACUCCACAGUUGACUUAUGUACAUGUUCUUGACUUACAGAAAGAAGGCUACAUUAAACCACAUGUUGAUGCAGUUAAGUUUUGUGGCAGCACUAUUGCGGGAAUAUCUCUGCUCUCUCCCUGUGUGAUGAGACUGGUUCAUACUGAGAAUAAAACAAAGUUUGCUGAUAUUCUUUUGGAAAGAAGAUCUUUGUACAUUAUGAAAGAUUCAGCCAGAUAUGAUUACACACACGAAGUUUUACCAGAUGAAUCUUUAUUUAGAGGAAAAUCUAUUACAAAGGACAGAAGAAUAUCGGUGAUCUGCAGAAAUGAACCUUGAACUCUAUUACUGCCUUAAAAACACUUAAGAACUUCGAAAAAUGAGCCAUAGAAACAUUGAAAAUUUUGAUUCGGAAGAUUUUUUCUUGCACACUGAACUAUCGUCUUCGGUGAUAGUUUGUCUCCAUUGCUUAUAUAGUAUAUUUCUCAAUUCAAAAUAAGUUAUUUUAUGGUAAGAACAUAAGGUUACCCUACAAAUGAUAAAACUAAAGUGGAACCUAAGUUACUGUGCAUCACUGAAACGUCGUGACGUCACUUCUGUUUACGGACAUUAAUUUCCCACGCUUUUUGUACAUACUGUACUAUAAGAAAGAGUGCUACAAAGAAAGUAUUUCUAUUUGCUUUAUUCUCUUUCUAUGCCCCCACUUUGGGGAGGGGGGCAUAUAGAUUUGCCCUUGUCUGUCAGUCCUCCCUCUCUCCCUCCGUCCGUCCUUCCGAGAAUGUUGUGUCGCCCCUAGCUCCAAAAGUAUUUGACCUAGAGUCACUAAACUUUACAGGAAUGUUGGUCAGCAUGUGUAGUUGUGCACCUGGGGUUUCGCGUCCCGAUUCAUUCAGUCAUUUAGGAGUUAUGGCACCUGACUUUGUAAAAAUUGGUCAUUUUAGUGUUGUUUCGCGCCUAGCUCCAAAAGUAUUUGACGUAGAGUCACAAAACUUUACAGGAAUGUUGGUCAGCAUGUGUAGUUGUGCACCUGGGGUUUUGCGUCUGGAUUCAUUCAGUCAUGUAGGAGUUACGGCCCCUGACUCAGUAAAAAAUUGGUCAUUUUAAUGUUGUGUCGCACGUAGCUCCAGAAGUAUUUGACCUAGAGUCACCAAAGUUUACAGAAAUGUUGGUCAGCACAUGCAGUUGUGCACUUGGGGCUUCGCAUCCGGAUUCAGUCAGUCGUGUAGGAGUUAUGGUCCCUGAUCAGUUAAAAAUUGGUCAUUUUGAUGUUGUGUCGCACGUAGCUCCAGAAGUAUUUGACCUAGAGUCACCAAAGUUUACAGGAAUGUUGGUCAGCAUGUGCAGUUGUGCACCUGGGGUUUUGCGUCUGGAU